GGAAGCUGCUGUAAAAUGUCGUGAGGGGCGCUGCCGCUUUACGGCUGCCUCUCCCCAGACUGAGCCCGGGAGCGACCGACCACCGCGGUCAGCGCUGUCUGUAAGAGUCGGCCCGGUGGAGACGGAGAGCCCCGGUGCGCUGCUGCCCUCCCUGCCGUGCACGUUCCGGCCCUCGGCGAUGUGAGCUCGAGGAGGCUGCGGUGCCCCCCCCCCCCGGCCGGGGUUGAGACAGGCGGCAGGUGCCUGUGAGGCAGGCGGGUGCUGGGGGCCUGCAGGAUGGAGGAAAGCAUGGAAGAGGAGGAGGGGGGCAGCUACGAGGCGAUGAUGGACGACCAGAACCACAACAACUGGGAGGCCGCCGUGGACGGCUUCCGGCAGCCCCCGCCACCCCCGCCGCCCCCCUCUUCGAUCCCAGCUCCUGCCCGAGAGCCUCCGGGGGGUCAGCUGCUGACGAUGCCUGCGGUCUCCGUGGACAGGAAAGGCCCCAAGGAGGGGCUCCCGAUGGGGCCUCCGCCACCGCCGGAGGCCAAUGGGGUGAUCAUGAUGUUGAAGAGCUGCGACGCGGCCGCCGCCGUGGCUAAGGCGGCCCCCGCCCCCACCCCCAGCUCCACCAUCAACAUCAACACCUCCACCUCCAAGUUCUUAAUGAAUGUUAUAACUAUUGAAGAUUAUAAGAGCACAUACUGGCCAAAAUUGGAUGGUGCCAUAGAUCAGCUUUUAACUCAGAGUCCUGGUGACUAUAUCCCCAUAUCCUAUGAACAGAUAUACAGUUGUGUGUAUAAAUGUGUAUGCCAGCAGCACUCGGAACAGAUGUAUAGUGAUCUGAUUAAAAAGAUAACUAAUCACUUAGAAAGAGUCUCAAAGGAGCUGCAGGCCAGCCCUCCAGACCUUUAUAUUGAAAGAUUUAAUCUAGCUCUUGGACAAUAUAUGGGAGCAUUGCAGAGCAUUGUGCCUCUUUUCAUAUAUAUGAAUAAGUUUUACAUCGAAACCAAGCUGAACAGAGACUUAAAAGAUGACCUUAUAAAGCUGUUUACGGAACAUGUUGCGGAAAAGCACAUUUACAGCCUAAUGCCUUUACUUUUAGAAGCCCAGUCAACACCAUUUCAGGUCACACCUUCAACUAUGGCAAAUAUUGUGAAAGGCCUAUACACUCUCAGACCAGAGUGGGUUCAGAUGGCUCCGACUCUAUUUUCUAAAUUUAUUCCAAACAUUCUCCCCCGGGCGGUGGAAUCUGAACUUUCUGAAUAUGCUGCUCAAGAUCAGAAACUUCAAAGAGAACUUAUACAGAAUGGUUUUACAAGAGGUGACCAGUCCCGGAAGAGAGCUGGGGAUGAGCUGGCUUAUAACAGCUCAUCAGCAUGUGCAAGUUCCAGAGGGUACAGAUAGUGAAUGUAUUGAAUGUGCUCUGCUUUUGGAAACGAGGACACACUGGAGCUGCAGAGACUGUACUCAGAGCACAGCGAGGUCCUGCAGACACUCAGGAGCUCCGUCACAAAGCUGUUCUUGGAAGAGGAUGUUGGACUUCUUACAUUGGUUUGUAAUUAAAAAAAAAACAAAAAAACUAACAAACAAAAACAAAACAAAAAAAUUGUUGCUGCUAGACUUGGGGAUGAUUUUGAAAUGGGACAAUCUUCUAAUGAGUUUAUAUACAGAUUCCGUGAGGAACAAGCGGCAUGAAGAGUGACCAUUGCUAAGUGAGAUCCGGCAGCCAAAAUCAGCAGCUUCCUCCAAAAAUAUAAGAGCAGAAGAAUCUUUGUUUGUUUGAUUGUUUUUACAGCACUUGUUUUGUUCAUUUGUGGACUUGGCACUUUGGCAUAUUGGUUUCAUACAUCAGGAUAUCUUUUGCUUUAAAAUCAAGCAGAUCAUUUCAGCAUAGUAUUUUUCACCCAUAACCAAAACAAACCCCUUUAGAAGAGUUGGUUUUUGUUCAGCAUCAGAAGGUCUUGUUAGAGGAAAAUGCCAACCCUGCUUUUGAUAUCACUUGUCCCCCCCACCCCUGUCAGUUCACAACUCUUUUCUACUCUGUGCCUUGAGCUUUGUGCACUUUGCAGCUCUGUGACCAUGUUGUCAAACUCACAAAUGCUUCCCGAAAAAGCUUACAGUUUCCCAGACCAACCCACUAAGGUGUCAGGUGUGACUUCAUGGCCAGAUACUGAAUACGUGGGAAAAUAGAACCGUAUUGCACGUGGGUCAGAUUUCCUCCUGCCUCACUGUGGCAUAUUCUUGUUAAUGUUGGGGACCAACUCGUAGAGGACAUUUCCAUUCCCUCUGUCACCUAACAUGAUCUCAACAGCUGCUGUAGUGUUGGCAUCAUGCUAGUUUAUGGCUGGGUGGUACUUUAGCACUAAAGCUCCUUUUUUUUUUCUUUUAAUAUUGUUGUGAAUUACCCAAAUGGUAAAAGCUGGUUCCUGUGAUGCUCUAGGAAGCAGAUACGGUUAUUAAAUCUGAAUAUAAUCAAUGGUGUGGGAUUCCUGAUCCUUUUCCUUUUAAAUGGGUAAGUACUUAAAAAAAGUCUGCAGUCUGCAUUUUUUAAAACAUUAUAUUUGAGUAUAAUAAGAAGUAGCACUGCUGUUUUUAAGGAUCUCUUCUGGCUAUGGCAAAGCUAUAUUUUCUGUUUUCAUAUACCCACAGUGCUAUUCAGCUUCUUAUAAAAGACUCUAAAACUUACUCUAAGUUGAUUUUGAAAGGCAAAUAAAAAUAGAUGUGGUAAGGGAAAAACAUUUUUUUCUUCUCAGUUUUGCUUAAAUCCCAAUUAAGCAUAUGCUUGACUCUCUUUGGCUGUGUCCGCACCAAUAUUUACCUCUUCGAAGAACAAGGGGCAGAAAAACGAAGACAGACAUAUCAGGGAUGUUAUCACACUUCCAAUUUGCUAGGUUUUCAUAGAGCUGCCUCUCCCGGUUCACUGUCCUUCCUGGGGAAGCAGGCUGCAUAGGAGAGUUAGAAGUGUGGUUAAGGAGCAGCUGUGUCAUCCAAUAGAUGUCCUCUGUUUGUAAGAUUAUCAUUCGCAGAAAUACAAGUAAUGGUUGUCAGGUUUAUUUUUUUAAGUACUUAUCAACCAGGGUUGGUGGAUUUUGAAGAGGACUUUGAAUUGGGCUCGUUUAACUUUGUGAUGAGUGUCUUGGAUUGUGUUGAUAAACACUGAAUUACUGUGAGAAUUUAUACAGGCUCUCACUGUGCCCUGUACAGUUUGAUUUGCUACACCAGUAACAUUCUAAUAUCAAGGAAGAAUUCCAUUUUAUCAUGAAGUUCAGAUUUUACUUUACUCAGUGGAAUGCUUUCUGCAGGCUUAUAAAUAACACCUGCAACUGAACUCUUUCUUGAGCAGUUUUAAUAAUAUUUCUGAAAGGAAUAAAAUUGGAAUGUUUCUUUAAAUCUGGAUGAAUUCUUCAGUAUCCUAAUAAUGUAGCCAAAUGCUUUUUCUGGGAAGAGGUAUGCUUCUUUGGCCAGCAACAGAACUUUCCCUGUAAAAGCGUUGUAUUAUGAUGUGAAUUGGCAUUAAAAUCUUUGGAUACUUUUUGCAUUAUUAAGUUAAUGGAGAAAUAUUUUAUAUUGUCUUUUUAUUAUUAUGUACGUGAUAACAAAAAGUGGACAGAGUAAAGUUUGUGGGAUUUAGUUUCUCUGUCAGUUUUUGCACAGUGGCUGCAGCUCACCCUGGGUGAGGACUCUGUGGUGCAAAGCACUGUAGAAAGAAGACACACUUUCUCCCAGUGCGUGUGACCGGGUCACUACUCAUCUUGGCCCCUUGAGGUACAUUGCAGUAUGAAGAACCUACUCUUCAAGUCGAUACUGACCUUGCUUAUUUAAUUGGGAUGCUUAACAAAAUUCCUAGUUUGCAACAUGAGAGGAAAUAAGAUUUGCUUCCAUUUUGUAUUGACUAAGCACGGUUCACCUGAAAGUAUUUUCUUUUUGUGUUUACCUGUGUUCUUCUUGCCAGUACAGUGUAAAGUUUCUCCACCUCAGUUAAACUCUGGCUCUUUGUGGGGCCCCCAAAAUGUUGGAGACAGAAAGUUGUAAAGCAGGUUGAUUGUCCCGUGAGUCCACACAUGCAGUUGGUUUGGCCGAACCGACCAGUGUGUGGAUGUGCAGCCUCAAACGAGACCCUCCAGAGAAAGCCAGUUCGCUCAUCGUGGGAUGAUGACGUGUUAACAUCAGUAGAUGGUGGUGGUUUUGAGAGGUGGUACUUAUUUUUAAGGUUGGCCUUAAGCUUCGGUUAAGUGUCAUCUCAUGUCCUCUCUUGUCACAGCUGCACCUUAACCUGCUUUGUUUUCUGUGGACCUGGUGUUGUGCCUCUUAACCUGCUAGUUUUUAGCUAGAGUUAGCAGAAACACAAACCUGGAUGCAUGAGUUGUGCAUUAUUAAAUUUUGUGGAAAAGCUGUUUUUUUUUUUCUGACCCUUUUACAAAGUUUGAGGCAUUUCCCCUCCCUUCCCUUGGGGAUGGGAUGCAAGCCGAUUUGUGAGUGUGAUUGUGGAGAGUGGAUGCCGUGGUCGUUAACACUGCAGGUGCAUCUCCGGCGCUACAGCCCUAUAAAGCUGUCACUCCCCUCGCUGUACGCCAUGCUUUCUGUCAGGUUGCAAAUUUGCACACGUAAAGAAUUCCUCAGGAAGAGUUUGCACAUACAUCACCUCGCAAUAUUCUGUACUGAUGGAACGAGGGAUUUGAAAGGGUUUUAGCACAAAAAGAGAACUUCAGUGAUGGUCUGUGCACAUGUACUAGCGAAGAUAUUGGUGAUCUCGCAAACACGAUUGGUUUCAGGAGUUAAAAAGUUAGUAGGAGUAUCGUAGAAGGUUUAAUCUCCCAGGGUAACCCUUAAUUAAACAAGGGUGUUUAAUCUCCCAGGGUAACCCUUCCAGAUUUUGUCAUCUUCUCUUUGAGACUGGCUCUGUUUUCUUCUGUUUUUUUCCUGUUGUAUUGCAGUUCAUUAUUUCCAUGAUUAUUUAUGCAAGAGACAUUGCCCUCGAGCUAAUAUUCAGUUGUCUAAUAAGCAGCUAUUAUUAGAUAAUUGAACAUUCUUUUAUGAAUAUACACUAAUUUAAGAUAUUAAAAACCUUUACAAUUAAAAAGCAAAACAGAACACCUACGUUAGUUAUCCAGUUAUUGUUUGGAUGUUUUUUAAAUGGUGUCUCAUUGAGCUUCAGAGUAUUAUGUUUACUUUAAUCCAGGUUUAGGGCUCUUAAGGGGGCUUUAAUAUGUAAGAUCAGAAUAUGAAUCCCUUGACUGACCCCUAGAAGAGGUUUAUAAGGCCUUUUUUGUUUGUGUUGACUGUUUUCAAUAAGAUUGCAUAAGAUGAAGUUCAUGUUUAUCAGAAGUUAGAGUAGAGGUCACAGGAGUUCAUGGAGAAAUGGCUUUCCUAUUACUUUCAUUACUUUGUUGAAAUUUGCCCCAGUUUCUGGCCACCAGGUUAUUUGAAAGGACCCUUGUUCUUUUUAAGGGAAAUGCCUCCUCUUCUGUCCCCGCUGUUUACUAAGUAAGUCAUUGAUACUUUCUCAUCUCCACCGGCCGAAACCCUAUUUUAAGCCUCUUUUCAGAGCCAAGUGGCACAAGUACAUGUACCGUUUCUGCUUAUGUUGGUGGAGUGGCUGUGGGAGAUCUUUUAAAAAUGCUAAUCAGAGGUACAUCCUUAAAGGACCCUAAUAUAUAUUGUACCCCUGCUGACUGGAAAUUAUCUUUUUUUCUGGUUGGAUUGCAUUGUUUAGAGAAAUGUUAAUGGCUUACAAUUCUGGGAAAUUUAUAGCAUGGCUCUGGAGUGAAUUCUGCGGUUUGAAAAAAAUAAAUAUUUUGUAUUGAUUCUCACAUGUCAUUUCAAUGUCGUGACUGUACUAAAUGCAAUAAGACUGUGGAUAUUCUCUUAGAAGGGUAUGUUUUGUUAAACAGAAAGCAAUUUAAUUGCCCUCAUUAGUCCAGUUUGUCAGUAUUACAGCCAUGCAAUUCAGGAGAAACUAUUCAGAUACGAUGUUGUGGGGAACUCGGGCUGGAGACAGGAACGCUUAUCAGUAAAUGGGAGGUCAAAUGCAGACAAGAGGCUUUUGCCACCCACCAGUGUAGCCAGAGCAAGGAUGAAGCAAUGAAGUCUAGUCCGUGGUGGUGCUUGUUUGUGGGAAGCAUGGUGGAGCUUAGAACAGGGUGUUCUGUAUGGCAACUCUUUGAUUAAUCCAAGAAAAACAAAUGGUGGAUAAAACUGUUGUUGACUGGGGCUUCAAAGCCACUUGACUUUGGCUCUGACCUUUAAAUGGAUUUUGAAUCACUCCUUCUGUAUUAGGGUGUAUACCAUCACUCUAAAACAUUGUGGUUAAUGAAAUAAAUCUUGUACAGAUGUCCUUGGCCUUGUUAUGUUGAUACCUGG